CGCAAAAUCCCCGCGUAUGAGAAUGCUAGUGUCGCAGAGCGUCGUGCUCGCGCAUCCGGUUUAGCGCGGCGCAGGCUCAUCGAGGGAGCCUACCUGGCAAGGGGCAAAGCCUUCCCCGCUUCAAAUCGAAACGGAGUCGAAGACCUCUCGGAGCCAGCUGCUGCAAGCUCCGCUCCGCCACCAUUUCCGGUUCCGACCUCUCGGAGCCCGGAGCCGGGGGGCCGCGGCAUGGAGGGGCUGUGGGGGCGGGCGCUCGCCGCUGCGUCGGGGGACCGGGUCUCGGCGGCGUGGGCGGCGGUGCGGGCGCGCGCGGUGGCGCCGGCGCUGGAGGCCGCGGUGUGGGUGUGCCUGGCCAUGUCGGUGAUGCUCGUGCUCGAGGUGUACUACAUGAGCGUCGUCAGCUUCGUCGCCGUCAAGCUGCUGCGGCGCGUCCCCGAGCGGCGGUACAAGUGGGAGCCCAUGCCCGUCGGGGGUACCGGAGGCGGCAAGGACGAGGAGGCAGCGGUGCCCGGCGGAGAGGCGUUCCCGCUGGUGCUCGUGCAGAUCCCCAUGUACAAUGAGAGGGAGGUCUACAAGAUCUCUAUUGGAGCAGCAUGUGCCCUCACAUGGCCACCGGACCGUAUUAUAAUCCAAGUCUUGGAUGAUUCCACUGAUCCGUUCAUUAAGGAACUUGUGGAACUUGAAUGCAAGGAUUGGGCCAGCAAGAGAAUCAAUAUAAAAUAUGAAAUUCGAGAGAGUAGGAAAGGAUACAAAGCAGGAGCCCUGAUGAAGGGCAUGGAACACAGCUAUGCCCAGGAGUGCGAUUUUGUUGCCAUAUUUGACGCAGAUUUCCAACCUGAACCUGACUUCCUUUUAAGAACUGUACCGUUUCUCUUGCAUAACCCAAAGAUUGCUCUGGUACAAACACGUUGGGAGUUUGUGAACUAUGAUGUUUGCCUAAUGACAAGGAUCCAAAAGAUGUCGCUAGAUUAUCAUUUCAAGGUGGAGCAGGAGUCAGGCUCAUCUAUGCAUGCCUUCUUUGGUUUCAACGGAACUGCUGGUGUGUGGCGGGUAUCAGCUAUUAGUGAAGCAGGAGGGUGGAAGGAUCGCACCACUGUGGAAGACAUGGACUUGGCUGUACGAGUGAGUCUCAAGGGAUGGCAAUUCUUGUAUGUCGGUGAUAUAAGGGUUAAGAGUGAACUCCCCAGUACCUUAAAGGCCUACCGUCAUCAACAGCAUAGGUGGACUUGUGGUGCUACCAACCUCUUCAGAAAAAUGGCACCGGACAUUGUUAGAAGCAAGGGAGUUUCUGUAUGGAAGAAAUUCCAUCUUCUGUACAGCUUCUUCUUUGUGCGCAGGGUCGUCGCUCCCAUCCUAACAUUCCUGUUCUACUGCAUUGUGAUUCCAUUGUCCGUCAUGGUCCCUGAAGUCAGUAUCCCUGUCUGGGGAAUGUUCUACAUUCCCACUGCCAUCACCAUCAUGAACGCCAUCAGGAAUCCUUGGUCUAUCCAUAUGGUGCCGAUAUGGAUUCUGUUCGAGAACGUCAUGUCCCUGCACCGGAUGCGUGCCGCCCUGACUGGGCUGCUGGAGACCAUGUACGUUGACGAGUGGGUGGUCACCGAGAAGUUGGGCGAUCAUGUGAGGGAGAAGCUCGAGGUCCCUCUCCUUACACCGGUGAAGCCAACUGAGUGCGUCGAGAGGAUUUACGUUCCUGAGGUCCUGGUUGCGUUCUUCCUCCUGGUGUGCGCCUCUUACGAUUUUGUGCUCGGAGCCGGGCGCUACUACCUGUACAUCUUCCUCCAGGCCUUCGCUUUCCUCUUGCUGGGAUUUGGCUUCGUCGGCACAGCUGGACCCUAUUCUUGUCCAUAGUAGACCAUUGCAUAGCAGCAGCUGCAUUCUUCCCCAAUUGGCCUCACUGUAACUAGAAAAGUCAAUUCUUUUUUCUGUAAACGGAACUCGAAUGAAGUGAAUACCAGCAUUUUUUCUGCA